AUGAAGCCGUUCAAACCAUUUAAACCUCUCUCGGUCGCCGGCAGGGUCAACACUCUCAACGGCCCGCCUCCAGCCAAGAAGCGGCGCCUCUCCCAGUCCGACGAUGAUGAGCCUUUGCCGCGAGCUGCACCGGCGAAUCGAAAGCCUCCAAUCGACAUACACAAUCCUACGCCGCCGCAGGCGCCGCCAGUCGACUCGAGUGGCAGCUAUUACAGCGUGUUAUGGCGCAAAUACACCACAAAGAAGAACAAAACGUGGGACGGUGACGGCGUGCUAGCUGUAGUGAAUGGGUACGGCACUCUCACGGACAGCGAUUCGGGGAAGGAGAUGGGCAAAGGAGUCUGUAACCGCCCGCUACUUCCUGGUUCACCCCUAUCUAUUGGUGGCAAAGAGCUUGAGAUCGAUGGUGUCAUCGAUAAGAAGGAUUACAUGUCUGGACGUAUGUUCAUGGGCAAGGCGGCUGCUACGCCUAUUGAGCAGAAAACAAAGCGAUUGGAGCCCGGAUAUAAACCCUUAUCUACUGGCAAGCCACAUCUUUCCAGUAAAGCUCAAGUGAAGAGAGUCGAGUCUUCAGGCAGCACUAAGAGUGUGGUCUCUGAAUACACUCCGUCCUUGAACGGGAAACAGCAAUUCAAAACACCACUACUGUCCAACACAGUGCUUCCGCAGCGCAACCCGUCGAUACCGACCCCUCGCCACGAUCCGAACACACCCAACGCGCUGGUCAUGAAGCGGCCCACCAUAAUUCCUAAGGGAAAGCAAGUAGUGGACGUCGUCGUCGAUCCUGUUCUCAGCAAACAGCUUCGCGAUCAUCAAAGAGAGGGUGUAAAGUUCCUGUACGAAUGCGUGAUGGGUAUGCGGAGCGAGGGCGAAGGUGCCAUCAUGGCUGACGAGAUGGGACUGGGAAAGACUUUGCAGACGAUCACCCUGCUCUGGACUUUGCUCAAGCAAAACCCGAUCCACGACAGUCCACCAGCCAUAACAAAGGCGCUCAUCGUCUGUCCAGCCGGUUUAGUCGACAACUGGAAGCGCGAGUUUCGCAAAUGGCUAGGCAACGAGAGGAUUGGCGUCUACGUUGCUGAUGCAAAGAACAAGAAAAUUGCAAACUUUACUAUGGGCAAGGCAUACAACGUCCUGAUCAUCGGAUAUGAGAUGCUCCGGACUGUGCAGGAAGAGCUGAAGAGAGGCGCUGGCGUUGAUAUUGUCAUUGCGGACGAAGGGCAUCGAUUGAAGACAGCAAACAACAAAUCCAUGCAGGCUAUUCAGUCUCUCAACACAGAACGGCGCAUCAUCUUGUCGGGUACUCCGCUUCAGAACGAUCUGGGCGAGUUCUAUACUGCGAUCGAUUUUGUGAACCCUGGUCUUCUCGGCCAGCGCUCUGCUUUCAAGCGUGCGUUCGAAGCUCCCAUCCUGCGAAGUCGUCAGCCUGACGCGAGCGAGUCGGAGCUGGAGAAGGGUGAGGCACGGUGGCAGGAGCUCGUGUCUUUAACCAGCCAAUUUAUGAUCCGACGUACCGCAGACGUCUUGUCGAAGUAUCUGCCACCGAAAACAGAGCACAUUGUCUUCUGCCGGCCGACGAAAGCGCAAGCCGAAGCCUACCGCAGUAUUCUCUCCUCCCCUCUGUUCACCGCGGCUUAUGGCAAUAUGGACAUGGCCCUGCAGCUCAUCACUAUACUAAAGAAGGUCUGCAACAGUCCAUCGCUGUUGAAGUCGAAGAAGGAUAGCGACGGUAAAGAAUCGGAGAUGAUAGAAUCUAUUCUCCCAUUGAUUCCGCCCCACAUCCUCAACUCGCAUGCAUCUAGCACAAAGCUGCGCCUACUCGAUAGCCUCGUGCAUCGGUUAUAUACUUCUACGGAAGAAAAGGUUGUCAUUGUGUCAAAUUACACUAUGACGCUCGACAUGAUCGAGCGUCUUCUGACAUCCCUUUCAUACACAUACCUACGUUUGGACGGAAGUACGCCAGCAAAUAAGCGGCAAGCCCUUGUUGAGAAGUUCAAUAAGACGCCCAAAGCCGCCAACUUUGCCUUUUUGCUCUCUGCAAAGUCCGGUGGUGUGGGUCUGAAUCUCAUUGGCGCAUCGCGUAUUGUGCUAUUCGACAUCGAUUGGAACCCUGCGACUGAUCUCCAAGCCAUGGCCCGCAUCCACCGAGACGGCCAAAAGCUUCCUUGUAAGAUCUACAGAUUUCUCGUUCAAGGUGGUCUUGAUGAAAAAAUUUACCAGCGGCAAGUGAUGAAAAUGGGUCUCGCCAAUGCCGUAGUCGACAACAAACAAUCUGCUUCAUCUUUCUCCAAAGACGAGCUGCGAGACCUCUUUCGCUUGGACGACCGCGAGACGUGCCAGACUCACGACCUUCUUGGGUGUACAUGUGAUUGUAGAGGUGCACCAGAAGUCCAAGUCGGUGAACCUGUUAAUAUCGAUGAAGGCGAGGAUGACAGCGACGAUGAGCCUCUCCUUCCUCGCCUGAAGAAGGCGAGUGAAGUCGACAUAGUCGCACAAGAAGAAAGGAUUGAGAGUCGACGGAAAGCUAAGAUGCCCAAGCUUAAAAUGCUGAUGGAGUAUCGACAUAUUGAUACGAAGAAUCUUCGCGCUGGUGAAGACGGGGUGGAUGAGGAAGAGCUGGCGGUGGCGAUUGAUGACGAUGUGUUUCUUGAGACACUGAAGGAAAGCGAGAGUAACGUGGGGUUCUUGUUGACCAAGUCUAGUUCAUAG